GCAGCUGAAUCUGGCAUCAUUGCAUGGGACUGCAAGGACAGUGAGGAGGUCAUGCUCAUCCCUUACGGAUUGUUUGUCGCUGGGGACAAUCCCAUGCAAGCUGAAGAAUGCAGUCAUGCUGGGCUGAACUGCAACUAUUAUUGCAGGAUGUGUGAUGUUGGCAGCACGAAGGAAUAUAAGGAGUCUGAGGCUGGAUAUAGCAGUAUCUUCAAUUCAGGCAAUAUCCGAAUGCCAGAGGGUACUGCGAACACAGUUCAACAGCAAUUCGAGACCACAAUGCUAUCGGGUGCCUCAGAGAAGGUGAAGAACUCCAUGUCAUCAACUGGUAUUCGUGAUACAGCUUCAGCCUCCAUCCUUAACACACUGCUGGAACUUGGCAAGAAACUCAGGAAACAUACAGUGGGUUCUCCAGCAAUACCUGAAAAUGAGGUCAGCAUCACACUCAAGAAAGAGUUCGAGCAGCUCUUGCAAGGUGGAAAGCUCAAUGAUGCGAUCAAUCCCCUGCUAGGCAUGCAUGCGUUCAAUGUCCAUAUGGAUACACCGACCAAAAUCCUCCAUACAAUACUGCUGGGUGUCGUAAAAUACUUCUGGGGGCAAACAGUAUUCCUCCUCGAGAAAUCAAAGCUCUUGCAUCUCUUUCAGACCCGCCUCGAGACCAUUAACAAGGAUGGGCUAAAUGCUCCUUGCCUCAACACCAACUAUAUCUGCCACUACAAAGGCAGCUUGAUUGGAAAGCAUUUCAAGAGCUUGGCACAAGUAAUGCCAUUCCUCAUCUACGACCUUGUCCCACCAACAGUCCUCAAUGGUUGGACAGUCAUGGGUGAACUCGUUGUCCUUGUCUGGCACACAAAAAUAGCAAACACCGAGGUUUACCUUGUAAGUUCUUAUAUCACGUACAUUUGA